UCGGCAAGAGCUGACGCGAGCACAACGCGAGAAUCUGUGCAACUUCUCGGCUGGAAGCAGUCGCUACCGCUGCCUCGCACCGUGCGCUAGAACGGGACAUAACAUCCGAUGCAUCUUUUCACCAUCGCGUACGGCAGCGGUCUAAACGCUCCCUAAGCCUCGCAUGCCAAAUUCGAUAGCGAAUUUCCCCUUCGGGUAUCAUUUUUGUGAUGCUUCCUCUCUUCCGAGGUUCUAGACAAUUUGCUAAUAAUACCCGUGAACGCAAAAGUUUCGUUGUUUGUGCUAUUUGCCUCCUGCCAAGUGAUAUUCUGCCGCGAAGUGAAGCCCCGAGUGUGAGGCGAAAAUAAGGAAACCGGGCCCCGGGUGUGCUACCGUGUGCGUGCGUGCGUGCGAAAGGGAAGAAGGGUGAUGAAAAUCGAACCCACUCGCAACACCGUGCCGCAGCAGCGUUGAUGAUGCGUUGGUCUGGCGUUGGUUGUUGGUUUUGAGGUUUCUAGUUCUUUUUCCUCUCCGCUCCAUCCACCCUGUGUACUGCUGUUGUGUGUGUGUGUGUGUGCGCGCUGUGAAAAGUGCGAUUUUCAAUGGUGGAAGUCGCGGCGGCAGUCGCUGACGACGGUAUCAAAGAGUGCGCUGCGAAGUGGCAAUUGUUCGGUGCGCGUUCGCUGCUGUGACGCCUACAUGCCGCAAAACGGCCAGCAUCGCAUCGUUCCGGUCGCGCUUCGCAUUGGGCAGCUAGGCGCGGGCUGCUACUGUUGGUGCCACUGCUGCCGUUGCUGUCAGUUGGCGAUUUGCUAAGGAAAGCACACGGCACAAUACCGGCCGCAUAUUUUCCGCAGCAGCAGCAGCACCGGGGACCGUUUGUAGGAUUGUAAGCGGAAGGGGGAAUUGCGACCCCUGCGGGAGGAUGGUCGUUUCGAAGGAAGGCAAGCGCCGGCGUAAGGUGACCGCCAUCGCACAAGCAGCCGGUGGGGGCAGCUCCAAUCCAUCCUCCGGCAGCGGCACCAAUGGGCCGAAUGUAGCGCCCGAGCGGGAUCUUUCGCCACCGGAAAUCCCGAAACGUCCGAAGGUACAUGCACAGCGAAAGUUUGCCCAGGGCCAAGGGACGGCCUCCUCGUCCUAUCUUAGCUACUCGUCUGCCCCACCAACAACGCCCGGCAAAGACGGGCCGAAUCGGGCAACGCACUCCGGCGCCGGCAAUGGCACCACGCCGACCGGUCCCGGCAGCGGUACCGGAGGGGACGCCACUGCACAGGUUCCGGAACUGCUGCCCAACAUGCGCCCCAGCACGGACGAUUUUCUUACGUUCCUGUGCUUCCGCGGCACGCCGGUACUGCCGCCGGAGUUGGACUUUUUCAACAAAUCAAGCACCACUGCCGCCGGAAACAGUGGCACAACCAGUGGAGCAAGAUCAUCAGCCACAGCGGGUGGCUCCGGCAGCUCCAAACUAAAGGGCUCUCCCCAACCGAAACCGGCCGUAGCGUCCACGAACGAAACGGCCGCAUCCGCCAGCAAUCCUGCUACGAGCUCUUCCAAGCCGGCCCAAGGCGCCAAACAAACGCCAGCAACGCAAGUGAAAGCCACUGCACAGGAAUCAACCGGCCAGGACAAGGCAACUGUAGCACCCGCUGCUACAUCGUACAUGCCGUUUGCGGUGCGCAAAAGGGCCGAGCAACAUCCGACCCCGGCCGAGUCACGAACCGAUCGAAAGCGUACGCAGGAUAAGAUGCAAGCGCUGCGUAAGAAGUACCACGAUCAGCGCGUUGCUAAGCUGCGUGCGACGGGCCAGGGCCAGAGGCAGAGUGGCCGCGGGACAGUGGCAAUAUCGACACUCUCUUCGGCCGUUCCUUCGAAAGCUGGACCGAAAGAGGAAGAGGAAGAUGUGGUAGAGGAGGAGGAGGAGGAGGAGGAAGAGGAAGACGAUGAAGACGAAGACGAGGCAAGUUCGGACAAUGAAGAAAAGGAGGACGAGCAAGAAGGCAAGCCGGGCAAAAAGGGCGAAAAGGAAGAGCCAAACGUUGGCAGACGGAAAAGUGGGCUGCGGUCCGGGGCAGCUUCGCACGCCUCCAGUCCGGCGGUCGAGAGCGGGAAAGGUUCGCCGGCCAAAAUUCCGCGCAAUACGAAGCGUGAUUCAUCGAAAGGUGGCCCAGAUCCGGAGACAGGCAAAGAUUCACCGGCAAAAUCGGUUGAAAGUAAAGCUGGUGGUAAGGGGGCGAAGACAGCAACUACUCCACCUGCUACGCCUACUGAGGACGCUUCUAGGCAGAGUGUAACGCGUACAGCCGCAGCAGCAGCCGCCGCUAAUUCGAAGAAAACGGCCAAAGAAACGCCGAAAAGUUCACCCACACAGCAGCCCGCGGCGACGGUCGCUCCCGAUACGGAGGGCAAAGAGAUGCGUACGACACGGCUGUCCGCUCUGCGCAAUCCACCCCCUGUGGCAACUAAAGCAACGCCCGAAAAGUCGCCUGCUGCGACGAAACCGGCAAAGGAGAAGCAGCAACAGAAGCAGCCGGAUCGAGUGGACUUUUCUUCCGACGAUGACGAGCCGCUGUCGCGGACCACUCGCACCGAGAAACGUGCGUCGGACAGGGCGGUUAGGACUUCCCCCGAGGCGGGCAAAACGACGCGUUCCGGUAGGAGCCGCAAGUCGGAACCGGCCGCCACACUGGACAAGGAUCCGGACGAAAUGCCGGACAAGAAGACGCGCCGUUCGGAGUCGGUCGUCAGCCGGCGGUCGGAUAUAAGCUCCCGCAAGUCCGAGAUGCGUGAAGUGCUGCCGAAAAAGGCGGAAGAAGCUACAAAACCGCAACCGGCCCAGCGAGGACGGAAGCGGAAGGAACCGGUCGCCCAAACGCAGCAACCCGCCGUCAAGUCGACCAAAGAGGAAGAGGCCCCACACAGCGAACCGAAGGUGGAAGGUGCGACGGAUGCGACGGAGCGAAAGCAGCCGGCGACGGUCGGGCGAAAGAAGCGCGAAACGCCAGCGCCGGAUGCAGCCGGACGCGACGGUACGCUUUCCCCGGAAGUGGAGGAGAAAAAACCGAAAACGGCCUCCUCGACGCCGGUCGAAUCGCUCAGCACGUCGCGCCCGUCGCGCAAAACGAAGGAAGCGGCCACGCUGUACAUGGAGCUGAUCGGGCGAAAGCUCAACCACGAUGACAAAUCAGACGACGAUGCGUCCUCGCUGGACAGUCUCGAGCUGCCGAACGUGCGCAAGAUGGAGCGGAUGGAGAACGAGCUGAAGGCGAAUGCGGGCAAGACGCGGGACGCUAGACCGUCGGCAGCUAAGGCGAAAAGGAAAGCGGGAGCCGCAGCCGCCCGGUCGGUGGAUGAGGACGAGGUGGAAAAGGAAACGGGCGGCGAUGAGACGAAGGUAAUCGAAAAAAGCUUUAGCGAUUCGGACGAAGAGCCGUUGGCGAGCAAGUUUCAGCGCAAGCAGCAGCAGGCGCGCCGACAGACGGCCAAAGCAAAAGCGGGAGCACCGGCCAAACAACCCGCCGGGCGCAAGAAUGCGAAGAAAGCGAACGUGUCGGAUGAGGGUAAAUCCACCGAGGAGGUUUGCUCGCCCGACAAAAAGGACGGCGGAGAAAGGAAGUCGGCCAAGGUCGAGGAACCGCCGGUGCAGCGGCAACAAGCGGCCACAAAAAAGGGAUCGCUGGUUGGAGCGGCAGCGGCAGCCGCCAGCAUAAACUCCCCGACUGGGACAAUGAAACAAAACGGUACUACGGCAGCGAAUGUUGUCCCGGGCACUGGGGGGAGUAGUACCGUUCCACGCACUCCCACCAAGCUGAAUGCGAAAGGUGGUGGGACCACCAGCAGUCCACUCGAAUCUCCGGCCCUGUCGUCCGAUCAUCUGAAAAGUCCCACCACCUCGGAGGGACAGAAUUUGUCGCGGCUGAACAAAUCGAUGGACAAUACGCAGCUGUCGACCACGGUCGAGCCGGCCGAAAGCCCCAUCAAGAUCCCGCAGAUGCUCAACAUACCGACCGUCGUGCCGAGCAGCUACCAAACGUCGUCCUUUCUGCACCACGCGUCGCCGGUGACGUCACCGACGCAAGCACUCCACCAACAGCAAGCUCCCUUUACCCGUGCCAUAAAGCCGUCGCUUGGGACGGCGACGAACGCUGCCGGGCCGGGGGCGAACAAUGCUUCUUCCACCGAUGCUUACCACCACCCUUUAGCGAACGCGUCCAGCCAACCGACCGACCACGGUAGCAUGCCUUUCAAUCGCUCUGGCACGACGAAUGCGGCCGCAAAUACUGCAAAUGCCGCCGGCCAAUCCACCUCCGCCACCCAGAAGGCAGACUUUACCCUUCCGCUGGACGAUGCGGACUUUCUGAAAGCGUUCGAGAAGUGCGCCUCGGGCGACCCGAUCGGGGCAGAUAAGCCGGCCGCCCACUCGUCCCUGCUCGGCAACCUGCUGCCGAGCAAGGAGGAGUCGGAAAAGAUUUUCGGCAUCGCUAGCGUCAGCCUGGCGCAGAGUUCCGGCCCGCUCGACACCAAGUGCACGCUGGGGAAGUGUGGCUCGGUCCACAAACCGCCGCUGGGGCCGCCCGUGCUGACGGAGUCGCUGCUCGGUGGCAAUCUGUCGCCGCGCGAUCGCCGCAAGGCGAAGGUGAACAUGACGCACGAGCAGAUACAGAAGUGGAUCUACGAAUCGUCCUGGUCGCCGAUCGAGGACGACCUGAAGGAUGACGAGCUGGAGCUGCUGGAGCCGGGCGCCCGUACACCGCCGCCCCCGGUGACGGGUGCUGCGGCGGCUUCUACUGCUUCCGCACCGGCCGGGACCACCGCGCAAGCGUCCACUACGACGGCGUCCGGCUCGGGUUGGGCAGGAAUGAUGGCUUCCACGUCAACGCCGAUCAGCACGCCCGCCCACGGCAACGGUCGGGGCAAGGAAGAGCAGAAUCGUACCCCUACGAGCGCUCCAGUUGUUUCUCCUCUCGCCGCAACUACUGUGGUGGGGGAGAAAAAGGACACGACACCGUUCCAGGGGCAGAAGCAAUCGGCCGCCCCAUCCGCUCAGGAGGUAAAACCGGCCGGCAACGAUAAGGAAAGCACUCCGGCAAAGGCGCAAAGCAGUGAGGCACAAUCGGGCAAGGAAGGGGGAGGACCUUCGGCGUCCACUCCAACCGUGAAGCCGAAGGAACCGAGAAAAUCCAAAGCAGAAACACCCGCAACACCGACGACAACGCAGACUGCACCGCGUGCCACCGCCACCACACCGACCACAACGACGUCGGGAGAACGGAAGCCAAUCUACCGGAAUGCAACGGGACGAACGCCCGUCUACAAGCAGGACGCAAUGGCCGCCAAGCAAUCACCGGCGGCACAGACGACCACCAGCCCAGCAGCUGGCCAAAGCGUACCGACAACAUCGCCAUCCACGAAGCCAGCGGCCGGUCAAGGUCCCUCCGGUGGUGCCCCGGGAGCAGCAGCAUCCGCACAGAGCGGCAGCAACAAGUUCGGCGCCUUCUCGCCCGUCAACGAAACGAGUGUGUACUCGUUCGACAAGGAGGAAGACUUUAUGCCGGUGGCGACACCGUUCCGCCGGCAGCACGGACCAGCUACCGGGGCAGGCGGUCGGCGGGAGUCGUGCAAUUCGUCCGCCCGCGAUGAACCAACUACCAAGCGUGAUGCAACGCCCGUGGCGGACGAGAAAGCGGCUUUUCAGAAACCACCCGCCAUAGCGAGCAAAGCAAACAACGCGGGAGGAUCCAGUUCAGCUCCCGCCACCGCCGAGGAGAAAGCGAAAGCAACCGAAGAGGACGCAGAUCGGAAGGACGAGGACAAACCAUUGACGGUGAAGCAGGAAGCGAGCGAUACCGAGGCGGACGGUGGUGCUGGUGGUAGUGGUGCCGGUGGACAGACGUUUUACAUUCCACUACAGGGUCCGACCGCGGGUGGCAGUACGGCAGGCGGCAGUACCGGUGGAAAAUCAUCCGAUCAGCUCAUCCAGGGCGUCGCGGUCAAGCUCGGAACGGAGGGGCCCGAUGGGCCGAACCAGCGCGUUAUAAUGCACGCCAAGCUGGUGACGAAGGCUGAGAUGGGCUCCAAUCCCACCACGCUGCCCGACUCGAUGAACGUGCAGGAGCUGGUCAAGAGCCUAACGGCGCAGGGUGGUGCGGCAGCCGCCCUCGGCAAGGAGGGGCUGGCGAAGCUGCUCCCCAUGGGGCUGCUCCAGUCGCGGCUCAAGUCACCGACGGCAGAUGCCCCAGCGCCCUCAACCGAUGCACGCACACCGACGCUCGAGGAUCGGGCCAGUGCCGAACCGAUGUCCCGCGGUUUGUCGCGCAUCGCCUCCAACUCGUCCCUCUCGUCCCAGCGCUCGAAGCCGACGGGCGGCAAAAGCAACGCCAAGGGCGGAACCGGCGCUGGCCGGGGCAGUGUGGAAACGGUACCGCCACCCCAGCCAGACAACAACACGGUGUUUCCGCGCCGGGACGAUCCAGCCCAGAUGGUGGAGGCGCCGGUGUUCAAGCCGACCGAAAAGGAGUUCCACGAUCCGAUGGAGUACAUCGAGCGGAUCGCACCGAUCGCGUCCCGGUUCGGUAUCUGCCGCAUCGUGCCGCCGGCCAGCUUCAAGCCGGAGUGCCGCAUCGCGGAUGAUAUGCGCUUCAUGGCGUACAACCAGUACGUGCACAAGAUGCUGCACCGGUGGGGCCCGAGCGCGAAGGAGUACGCCGCCAUCAAGAAGUAUCUGGCGACGCAGAGCAUCAAUCUGCAGGCGCCGCCGGUGAUCGGCGGCAUGGAGGUGGACCUGCCCCGGCUGUACCACACCGUGCAGGAGCUCGGCGGGCUGAAGGAGGUGAUCGAGAAGAAGAAGUGGGCCCGCGUGUCGGAGGACAUGUGCAUCCCGAAGGCGGCGCACGAUCGCGUCUCGAAGCUGGACGACAUCUACUGCAAGUAUCUGCUGCCGUACGAUACGCUGUCGCCGGCCGAGCGCCAGAAGCUGUUCGACGAGGUGGAGGCGGACUGGGCCAAGCGGGAGGCGAAGGCGCGCCGCAACGCGGACAAGGGCGUCGGGUCGGAGAUCCGCAACAGCGGCGACUCGGACGAGGACGACUCGAACGACGACGAGGAGGAGGAGGACGAGGACGAGUGCUCGAUGGAGUGCAUCGUGAAGGGGCGCAGCAUGCCGCUGAACCAGUUCUUUCGCAUCGCGCGCAACACCAUGUCGCUGUGGUUCCGGAACAGCGAACCGACGGUGGCGGAAAUCGAGGCCGAGUACUGGCGCCACGUGGCGGUGCGCGACAGCCACGUGUGCGUGCACUCGGGCUCGAUCGACUCGAGCGCGUUCGGGUACGGGUUCCCCAGCCCGAAGGUGAAGGGUUCGUCGUGCGCCAAGCACCCGUGGAACCUGAAGGUGCUGACGAACAACAGCGGCUCGAUACUGCGCUCGCUCGGCCCGGUGAUGGGCAUCACGAUACCGACGCUGCACGUCGGCAUGCUGUUCAGUGCGUGCUGCUGGUAUCGCGAUCCGCACGGCCUGCCCUGGAUCGAGUAUCUGCACACGGGCGCGAACAAGAUCUGGUACGGCGUGCCGGACGAUCAGAACGCCAACUUCCGCGCAGCACUGACCGUGCUGGUGCCGACGCACUGCCAGAACAAGACGAUCUGGCUGCCGUGCGAUACGGCGAUGGUGCCGCCGCACAUGCUGACGGACCGGAGCGUGUCGCUGUGCCGCACGGAGCAGCAGCCGGGCCAGUUUGUGGUGGUGUUUCCGCGCGCGUACACCUCGAGCCUUUGCACCGGGUACGCGGUGUCGGAGAGCGUGUACUUCGCUACGAACAGUUGGCUCGACACGGCCAAGGAAGAUUUUAGGGACAUACAGGAAAGUUGCGAACCGACCAUGUUCUCGGUGGAGCAGCUGCUAUUUGCAAUCGCGAACGAUCAGCGCAGCAACCAUGAUACGCUUGUGCAGGCGUAUCCAAUGAUAGUCGAUAUCUACGAAAAGGAGAAACUACAUCGACAAACGCUAAAGGAGCAAGGCGUAACCAAAUCGGAACGCAUCGAGUCGAAGAAGAAGAGCGCCUCGCUCGAUGAGUUGGAGUGCGAGCGGUGCCGGGCGAACCUCUACCUUUCGCUGGUGAAGGUAAAGGUGACCCGGUCGGACGACGACGACGAGGAAGGGGACGAAGACAACACGACGGUGGACGAGGAGGAGCGCAUCUACUGUCUGAAGCACGCGGUAAAGCAUCUAGCCGAUGGUGGCCUGCAGACCAAGCACUGUCGGCUGGCGUACACCUACUCGCUGGAUGACAUCGAGGAGCUGCUGAAGAAGCUGCAAGACCGGAUCGCCAACAAGAAAUCCACGAAAUCGAGUGCCGGUAGCAGUGCUGGUGGUGGUGGCGGAGGAGCAGGAAGUGGAAGUGGUGGAGGAGGCGGUGGAGGUGGUGGGGGCGGUGGUAGUGGUCGUGGGAAGUCUUCCCUGCAUCUAGCGUCCACCUCGUCCCAGUCGUCAUCGUCCUACCAGGCGCCCAGUCACAGCAAGUACGCUGGCAUGGCAACGAUGUUAAAGUAAAAGGGUGCAGAUCGCUGCUUAGAGCAGUGGUGGCUAGAUUUAAAACGUUUCCAGAACCAUGCGUGGUAAGUUCAGUGUUGCGAACGGUGAUAGUCGUCGACAUAAAAUUUUACAAAAUGAUACUUUUUGAAGCAUCGCAUUCUUGAUCCACGCAUUCAUUCGACAGUCACGGAAAAAAAUAUCAUUUGAAACGAUGAUAUUUUUUCUGCUACAAUCAUUUGACUUUUUGAUUUUUCCGUACCUCAAGUGAACUAGAUCUUCAUCGAAAAUGGGUCCUUUUUUCGUGUUUUCGCGUGAAUUUCUAUACUCCUGUAAGAGAACACCAUUUUCCUGGUUCACUGGGUGAAAAUAUCAAGUGGUCUAAUGGCUUAGUAUCGGUAAAUGCACGAUUAAGCAGUUCUGGAUUCUCACUGAAAAAUGUCAAAUGACAUUCAUUCUACAUUUUUUGCAAUCAUGUCAUCACAAAAGCAUUGAUUGUUAAUGCACAAAUGAUUGUCGCUUUUGGAAAGUCGUGUCAUGGUAACCAUGAAUAUCAUGAUCAAAAAAUGAUUUUGACACCCGCUUACUGUGAAUAUCAUAAAAAAAUGUCGACAAUUAACAACACUGGGUAAGUUUAAGGGGCCCUAACAAGCACCAAAACCACUAACCCCUUCUGUAUUUACAAAAUAUUUUGAUGAAAAUGUGGACGCCAUUUUAUGGAAGGCAUGAUGGCGUAUGCGAGGAAAGAGGUUUCUACUUUAGGGCUUUUAUUUUAUGCAAUUUAACCAUAGAUCGGGGCAUAUCAAGGCUCGGCUCCGUUCGUGUAGGAUAGCGGUACUAGCGCACGAUGGGAAAUCAUGAUGUAAAGAGAACGGUGAGCAAGAAUCAAGCUCAAUACGCUUGGCCAGUUUGCAUCCCACAUUUAAUUUAGGUACAGUAUUUUACAGACAGUUUGUUGCCGCCUACUGUCGCCGUCCCUAUUCCUUUUUUAUUCCUUUUUAAGGGCUUCACUUUAACGCGACAGUAUUACCACGUUCUUAUCCAUAUUGUAUCCGCAUGGGCGCUCACAUGAAUAAGGUAGAGUGUGUGCCCCGGACAGCUAGCGGCAAUAGAAAUGCAAUCUCAAAUCUUUCCCGUACCUUGUACGAUAGGGGGACGAAAAUCAUGCAAUCAUGAAUUACCACGGGCAUUGUUUGUGCAUUAGUUUACACCGCGUGCAGUAAUAGUAGUUAGUUUAAGCUUUUCGAAUGAUAAGGAACACAUCCCUUGCUUUACAACACACUCGCCUAGAGAACAGAUUACAUGCAUAGAUAGUGCAUAGUUUUGCGCGUCUCCCGAGAGCAGACUAGGAGCAACAGGAUGUGCGACUUUCUUCCUUCGCUGUGCCGCUGUUGUAGUGUUUUAGUGUACCCACAAUCCGGCUACUAGUAGGUGUGCAAUAUGCCUACAUUCCUUUUGGAGAUGCUUGAUCCUUCCCGCCACCAUUACUCUGUCCACAGCGCUUAGAAUAGUUAUUGUUAAGAGAAGACAAAUAAUCGCAACCAUUCAACACCUAAUGCCAAAUGUGCGCUCCGAUAUGAUUGGAGGCAUAACACGCGAUGUAUGUGUGUUUGUGGGUGUGUGUGUGUGUGUGUGGGGAAUGCUAAUAAUGUGUGAAGGAGGAAGGUAGUUCCUAGCGUGGACGAUAAUUAGUUAAGACAGGGAACUUAUCGCCCACGAUCAAUCGCCCGAUCGCAUGCUAAUGCAAACCCCUCGUAUAUAUCCCCAUUGAUGGCUGUUGAGAGAAGAUAGAAAGAGGAAAUGAAAAUCAGUGUUAAAGAUGUGUAUUUCCACCCUGCCGCUGGUGGGUGCACGUACGGUAUGUGAGUGUGUAUUAGAUGCACCUGUGCACAUUUUCCUUCUACAGCAAUUUAAUCCAUAUCGCGCUUCAACAAGAAUCGAACAGAACAUUGUGGAACAUGUGGAAGCCAUCAAUUAACGCGCCAUUAUUGCUUUUGUACGUACGAUGCAGAAGAAAACAUUUGCUCUAGCCUAGCCAUGUAUCAUCAUCUGUUGCGUGUUUAAAGUUAAGUUUUUCUAACCGAUAACCACGCUCUACGCCCCGCCACUCCACAACAAUAUAAUUCUUUCUAAGUGUAAUUUAUGUGUAGAUGUGCAUAUAUUCGUGUACAUGUGUGUGUGUGUGUGUAUGUAUGUAUAUAAUUGUACUUGUAGUGUAUAUGUACGCAUCCUUGCAUGUGCGUGAAGGAAGCGGGAGAAGUAAUGCAAUCGUGUGAGUAUGAGAAAACGGCGCAAUACCAGACUAGUCGGAAUAGAUUAACAAUUAUUGGAACGGAACAGAGAAAAAGAGGCAACAUCACCAUGGGGCAACUAGGGUGUAGUUAGGCAGGUAAUUUAUAACGGAAAGAUGCGUUAAAUACGAAGCGACAAAGCAGCAGAAAUAAGAAGGAAAAGAGAAAAAAAUAAUUGCGCAACAUAAAAAAAAAUGGGAACGCAUGUUAGGUGGAAUGGUGCAAACUGCUUUAGAAAACAAACAACAAUAUGGAUAGUGUAACACAGUGAGAAUGAGCGAAUUAGUGAUACAUUUAUACACACACAGCAUGCAUACAUAAAUACAUACAUAUACAACUACCACCAGCGGAAAAUAGUGGACAAAAAAAACGGAAAUCCUUUAAUCAUCGGUACGGCGAACGAAAGAUGUUGUAGCAAUGAGAAAAGGAAACCAGUCGCGGGGAUAAAAAUUAACGCAUUAAGACAGAAUUUAGAGUUUAUCAAUGGGAAACAAGCGAAACAGAGCAAGAGAGAAGAAUAGGGCAACCGGGAGAGAGGGAGAGUGUAAGUUAAAAGAGGAUUUAUUUACUACUAACGACUUCCCGCACCUCUCCUUCGUGUGAGCUGAAAUCCGCUUAUCUGUUAGGAGGUCGUCGAUUCGAGUCGAUGCAAAUCGUUUAGGGUUUAACCUGCAGGCGGCAUACAUUACAUAGUGGAUGCUAUCGAGGAGACUACACACACACAGACACGUAUAAAAGAGUUCAAUAUAUGUUUAGAGAUAGAUAUUCCCUAAAAGAAA